CGAAGACACACGGGGUUGAGCCACAGCUGGGUUCGUGUGCUAUGAAUAUUGAAUAGAUUUUUUAACCUAUAUCGCGUAUAACAGUUCGCGCAAAGACGUCUACUAAUGCGCAUGCGUUAAAAACGUCAACUUCAAAUCGACAUCGAUGAGAGUGAUUUUUUGGUUAAAAAUGUUUUCAUUAUAGUAUUAGUGAUAAUAAAAUUGUAAUUAUGGCCAAAGACAUAGGAUUGGACUCUAUCCUCCAAGAAUUGGGUGCUUUUGGUAAAUAUAAUAUAGUGAACUAUGCAAUUUUGCUGUUUCCAGUCUUCUUGGCUGGAAUGUAUGGUUCAAUUUAUAUUUUCGAAGCCCCCGAUAUAGACUACAGAUGCAAGAUAACGCAAUGCGAAGGUCUGAACAACACGUCCUGGCUCUCAAACGCCAUACCAAAGGAGAAGGACGUUCUGUCGAGAUGCAUGAAGUACAAACAUAUUGACAACUACAACUACAGCUGCAGCGUCGAUAGUUUUAAUACAUCCAUUACAGAAGUCUGCGAGGAAUAUGAGUACAGCGACGAGAAUUCAGCUGUUAAGGAUUUUGACCUUGGUUGCCAAAAUUGGAAGAGGACUCUUAUAGGGACUGUUCACAAUGCAGGUCUCUUCCUGUCGCUGCCGCUCACAGGGUACAUAUCAGAUAGAUUCGGCAGGAAAUUUGCGCUAUCUAUUGCAUCCCUCAUGAAUGGUACCUUUGGUUUCCUAAGAUCAUUUUCAACGAAUUACGUUAUGAUGCUCGCGUUUGAGUUCCUCGAGGCAGGUUUGGGAGCUGGUGCGUACAGCACAGCGUUUGUUCUUGCUAUGGAAUUGGUAGGUCCAAAGGGUCGCGUUUUCGGAAAUACCAUCAUAAAUGCUGUUUAUGUGUCGGGGCUGAUGACAUUGGCAGCUUUAUCAUGGUGGCUUCAGAGUUGGAGGCAUCUGUUAAGAAUAAUUUACAUUCCAGCUGUGUUUGUUAUUUCAUACAUCUGGAUUUUGAAUGAGAGUAUACGAUGGUUGCUCAGCAAAGGACGUACCGAGGAAGCGAUCGAUAUUUUAAAAAAAGCUGCUAAAAUGAACAAAGUACAAUUAUCAGAGGAAGCCCUCACUCCCCUAUAUGAAUUAAAAAAACUAAAUGAAGACCAUGAAAGCGAGAAACAAAAAGACGAUAUAACAAGUAAAGUAGAAGAAAAAACUUCAAAUUUUGUUAAAGUAAUAAGGUCCAGUGUUAUGAGAAAGAGAUUGGCUAUAUGUUCGUUUCUCUGGAUAACAUGUACUUUUGUGUACUACGGUCUGUCUAUUAACUCCGUGUCACUGGGUGGCAAUAAAUAUAUUAACUUCAUGCUGGUCGCAUUUGCUGAGAUUCCAGCGAACAUUGUGUGUUUCUUGGUGUUGGACAGAUUUGGAAGAAAAAAAGUGCUAAUAAUAACUUACGUGUUGAGUGCUUGUUUGUGCAUCGGAUUGUCUUUUCUGCCCAAAGAUCAGAAAUGGUUGUCUCUCGUACUGUAUUUGUCUGGUAAGUUUUCCAUUACGGUGUCAUACAGCUCCGUGUACAUCUACGUGUCGGAGGUGUUCCCCACUAGCGUGAGACAAUCACUUCUAGCUGUGUGCUCUUCGCUUGGACGGGUCGGAUCGACAUUAGCGCCGCUAACGCCUUUACUAACGUUAUACUAUCAUAAUCUGCCAGCGAUAUUCUUCGGAUCCAUGGCAUUAGCUGCUAGUUUGUUAGUGUUCACACUACCAGAGACAAUAAACGUCGCUUUACCAGACACCAUAGAAGAAGCCGAGAUGAUAUCAAAGAGGAAACAUGGGAGUGAUAACGAAAGAUAACAUACAAUAACAAAUCAUAGCAAAUAAUAACAAGAAGUCGCAAAUAAUAACAAAUAGUCAAACAUCGCUCAAAAUGUAUAUAACAUGUAAUUUAAACGGUUAUUUUUUUAUUUGUUUAUAUUAAUUUAUUUUUGAUACAGCUCUCCGUCCGUAGUUCCUACAAGGACAGGGUUUGCUUUUACAUUUUUGAUAUUCUUUAUUCAGGGAAAGAUUUUUUUUAUAAUAUCUAAGAUUUUCGCGAGUACAGGUAUAAAAUUAAACUAAUAUUCUCGGAUGUACUGAGUUCAUUUAUUAUGUUAUUCUAAAUUUAUCCAGAGUUUUCUCGACUUCACAGCGACCGUGAUCACGGGCAGACGAGAUGAAAUUGUCUGUCAGUUGGUCUUGUUAUUUUUCAUGUACCGUCAACGAUUUCUUUAUUUUCUUAAGUAUCUACUGCUCUGGAUGCACGCAAAAUGCUCUAACUAUAUCUGAAGGUCUACACGAUAAAGGAUUUGGUACUUUGGAAAAGAUCCCGUGUUAGAUCACUGCCGGCAUUCUUCUCUAUUGAAAUUUGGAUAUUUUUUAAUUGCAAUAGCAUUGCGGAUUAAUCCUUCGCAGAUUGGUCUUCACGAGCGAGUGUCUGUGUACGUCAAAACAUCUGUGUAUAUGUCCACACUGCUGAUUUUGACGCAAGACUACACUCAAAUCCGAAAAUCAUAGUUUAAUUUUAAAAGCUUUUGGUAGAUUAUUAAAAAAAAACUUAUUCGCAUUACGCAAUACUGUCCGUAACGCUCAAGUACUGUCUAAGUAACGUUUUCAAUGAAGCUUUUGUACCUAAUGAUUUUUUCAUAUGAUAGUACAUUUAUCCUUUAUUAUCAGAUUAUAAGGUAUAUAUAAAUAUAAUUAGAUCUUUCCACUUUUAUAAUAUCAAGUUGGUCUUCAAAGAAACGUAUUUACUUUCGAGCGACGUAAACAUAAAAUUGUACGUUCUGUUUUGUCCUUAAGAUUAUCACGAUCGUGUUAUGUGAUUAAAUGAUAUUUGAACCAA